CGUCUCUUAAACAUGUCUUGAACAGUUCAAUUUCAAAGUGGAAACCAUUGUCGAGAACAAGAGAAACAGAUACAGAACCAGAGAGAAGACGAAAAUGGAAUCCAGGGACAAAAUCAAAAUCGCAUUCACAAUCGCUUGCUUCGCAGCAAUCUCUGUCUUCUUCACAACACAAUACCGAAAGCAUCGAAAGCAAAAACAAUCUCCCAAUUCUUGUUACUUGAAAACAGAAUCCAAAUCACAAAACACUUUCAAGCGUGUUCUCGCCGAUAACUCCUACUCUCCAUUCAAGCACCUCAAGCACAACCACUCCAACAGCGCAGAGGUUUCUUCGAAAUCUCAUCCAUUUGAAACGGAGAUCACAACUUUGUUGAAGAAUCCUGAACUCGAAUUCAGCUUCAUUGAUGAAAAUAUGGAUUUAAAAAUGGGUGAUUCAUACGUUUGGGUCGAAACAGAGUCGCAGUUACGAGAGCUUGUUGAUGUGUUGAGUGGAGAGAGAGUGUUUGGUGUUGAUACUGAACAGCACAGCUUGCGUUCCUUUCUAGGUUUUACAGCUCUUAUACAGAUUUCUACUCAAAGGGAAGACUAUUUGGUGGACACCAUAGCUCUGCACGAUGUAAUGAGUAUUCUUCGCCCUGUUUUUUCCAAUCCUGAUAUUUGCAAGGUCUUCCAUGGUGCUGAUAAUGAUGUUCUCUGGCUACAAAGAGAUUUCCAUAUAUACAUUGUUAAUUUAUUUGAUACUGCAAAGGCUUGUGAGGUGUUGUCAAAACCACAGAAGUCAUUGGCGUACUUACUUGAAACAUAUUGCGGUGUUGCCACGAACAAACUUUUUCAGCGUGAAGACUGGAGACAACGUCCACUGACCAUAGAAAUGGUGCAAUAUGCUCGAACAGAUGCACAUUAUUUAUUAUAUAUUGCACGUUGUCUUGUUUCAGAGCUUAAGCGGCAGGAUAACGAAAAUUCAGCUUGUUGCGAUGAUGAAUUCCAUUUUGUUCUUGAGGCUAGUCGUCGUUCAAACGCGAUCUGCUUGCAACUUUUCUCAAAAGAGAUUGAAGCUUGUCCAGGAGAGUAUGCUGCAUCAUCGAUAAUUUCCCGUUGUUCGAAUGAUCAAGGACUUAUUUGUGAUACUAAGUUUCAGGAUCUUGUGAGACGAUUGUGCACUUGGAGGGAUUUAAUGGCUCGUGUGCAUGAUGAAAGCUUGAGAUACGUCUUAUCUGAUUAUGCUGUUAUCGCUCUUGCAGAUAGAGUUCCAACAACUGAGGCAGAAAUAUAUGACACCAUAUCCCAAGCCGAUCCAAAUUUUGAAUAUUUGAAUCUUAGUUCCCUUCAAUUCCCAUCCCCUAUUGUUUGCAGCCAUGUCGAAGACUUUGAUUAUUUACUCCAAGACAGGAUAGGCAAGCCUGAUGACAUUUUUCAACCAAUCCUUCAAAUGCACCUGGGUCCAAAUGGGAGUUGUCCGCUCUCUAUCUUUAAUUAUGCUUUAUUAUCUAAAACUAACAUGGAACUAACAAAUCGAUUAGUUUCCAAGCAAAAUAGAUUUAAAAAUUCAAGACAAAUAGCAAAGAAGGCUUCUCGAGAGUUGUUUGUUCAAAAAUUUUCCUGCAAAUCUCCAGUUUAUCAUAACUGUAGGAUCUAUGCCAAUGAUGGGCGAUUGCUAUGCUAUUGCGAUCGAAGGAAGCUUGAAUGGUAUCUUCGUAGAGAUUUGGCAAAACUUGUUGAGGAUGAUCCUCCUGGCAUAAUGCUUCUUUUUGAACCCAAAGGCCGUCCUGAAGAUGAGGGCAAUGAAUUCUAUAUCCAUAGUAAGAAAAAUAUUUGUGUUGGCUGUGGUGAAGGAAAUCACUACUUGCGCUAUCGAAUUAUACCCUCAUGCUACAGAGUGCACUUUCCAGAGCAUUUGAAAAGCCAUCGUUCACAUGAUAUUGUCUUACUUUGUGUUGACUGCCAUGAAAUUGCUCAUACUGCUGCUGAGAAGUACAAGAGACAGGUUGCCGCAGAAUUUGGAAUACCGCUUUUUGUUCGUAAAGUAGUUGAUUCUACACAACCCCAAGAUGAGUCAUCUUCUUCUAUUAUGGAUCAAGAGGAGGUAGGCGUGUCUCCUUUACAAUUGCGAACAGCAGCCAUGGCUCUCUUACGGCAUGGGCCUACAAUGCCAUCUAAGCGCCGUGAAGAACUGAAACAGAUUGUCGUGAAGUAUUUUGGAGGGAGGGAAAUAUCAGAGGAAGAUUUGGAAAGAGCUUUGCUAGUUGGAAUGGGUCCUCAAGAGAGGAGACGGCUUGAGAAAAAGAAAGGGAUUUCAUUUAAACAUUCUACAGGAAUUAUCAAUCCAGUCAAGAAGCUGGAGAAUAACAGUUGUAGUGAGGUAACAUCGGCUAGUUUAAGUACACAAAACGUCAAUAAGGUAACAUCGGCUAGUUUAAGUACACAAAACGUCAAUAAUAUAGAUAAUUCACAUGCUAUGAAAGGGGAAAUGUGCAGCAAAGAAGAUGAUGACCUUUCAAUGGCAAAGGAUAUGAAUGUAAGCAGAUCCUUUUUAGGUGCUGAUUUAGAAGUUAAUGGGGAAGUGUCUGCUGCUGACAGCAAGAAUACAAACUUAGAUAGAAUUGGAGAUUCUGAGGCUAUAUGCAUAUCUGUUUUGGAUACUGAUGAUAAUUUUGAAAGAAGGAUUCCAUCGAACGGAACAGAUAAUUCUUUUCCACCCAGUUCUGAGGAAAAUGGCUCAUCUAAACAUAAUUCAAAGUUAUCACUUUUAGGACAUGGACCACAUGGGAAGCAGGUAGUGGAUCAUCUCUUAAAUGAAUAUGGGGAGGAUGGGAUACUUCAAUUUUGUCAGAGGUGGAGACAUGUUUUUGUUGAAGCUGUUCAUCCUCGUUUCUUACCUGCUGGCUGGGAUAUAACACACAGUGGUAGAAGGGACUUUGGCGACUUCAGUGUUUAUAAUCCCGUAAAGAAAGUUUCUGUUGCUGCUAACGUGUAGUGAACAGAUGAGAGGUAUGCAAAACAAAGAUCAUCCAACUUCAUAGGCCAAAAAAAUGGAUGUCUAAUGCCAUUAUCGUUUUGCUUUUCUUCUUUUAUCUUUUUUGUUUUUUUCCUUUCCAUUGAACAGGGAGAACUCUGGUUUUAAAGUUCCCAUUUUUGUGUAUCAUAAUUAUUUAUUGAAUUUUUUAAUUCUGAGGAGAGAUGAAAUUCCAA